CAGGGUUGCCGAGUAACCGAUAAAUAUUGUGCACGUUUUUGAGCAAAACAAUUGUUGAAAUUGUGAAAUUUGCUACAUAAUGGGCGCAUUAGCAGAGCUUGCAGGCGAUGAAAAAAAUGGCGACGGCUCCCGCACAUUUGUUUUUAUCAACGAGGGCCACACGCUGGGCAAUGCAUUAAAAACAAUUAUAGCCCGCUAUCCGGAGGUCGAUUUCUGCGGCUAUACGAUACCACAUCCCACCGAGCAGAAGCUACAUUUUCGCAUACAGUCGCAUAGAGAGCGAGCAAUAGAUCUACUUAAGCGGGGACUGGAGGAUCUAGAGGCACUGUGUGAUCAUACAAUAGAAACCUUUGAGAAAGAGAUAAAUACGUUUAAUGCCACAACUGUAGAGAUUAACUAAUAUAUAUGCUAGCCUAUGGAAAGGUAUCAUGACUUUUUUUCUAGACAACGC